GACUGUUUGCUAUGAUGCCAAAUAUUUGCUUCGUUGAGUUUGGCCAAAUAUUUUGUCAAAUAAAUUUGUCAAAGUAGACGAUGGCCAAAUAUUUGACACAAACAUAUUUGAUCAAACAUUUUGACAAGUGCUGUUUCGAGUCAGUGAAAGUUUCAAUCAUGAAGUUUGCCGCUGUUGCCGCAAUUUUAGGAGCGGCAUACAUUCUCCUGGACGAAGAUGAGCCACCGACAAAAGUAUCGCGCCGUAGUGUUUGGGUCCACGAAUGGAUCAGGCAACGGGAAGAUCAGGGAUGCUACGAGAACCUACUAAAGCAGCUAAGGAACAAACUCCCGAAUCUCUACCAGAACUUUUUACGAAUGACGGCAAAAGAGUUCGAUUAUUUAUUGAAGUUGGUGACGCCAUACAUCGAGAAACAAGAUACCUACAUGCGGAAGUCUAUUUCCCCGGGGGAGCGCCUUGCACUAACAUUGAGAUACCUGGCUACCGGUGAAAGUUUCUCGUCAUUACAGUAUCUUUUCCGCAUCCCGCAAUGUACAAUUUCUCAAAUUAUCCCGGAAGUUUUGGAUGCCAUCUACAUGGUUUUGAGAAAGGAUUUCAUGAAAGUUCCUUCAACAAAGGACGAAUGGAAGGAAGUCGCCACAAAGUUCGAUCGACUUUGGAAUUUCCCUAAUUGCAUUGGC